AUGACCGAAGGAACAAGGGACAACAAAAAUAAGCAAAUCAGAAAGAGAAAUGGUGGUCGCAGCAAUAACCCAAUCCAGUUGAGUUACAAGCGUCGUGAAACCGGCCGUGGAUUGUUAGGGGGACCGUUUAACCAGCGCCUCCGACGACUUGGAACCAGAAGGUCCAGCUUCAACUGGGGUCAGCAAGCGCGAGCCGACGGCAAGGUGCGUGUCCAGAACGCCAGGACUAAGCACCAAUACGCCCUGAAAAUCAGUGUUCAUGCGACUGGGAAUAUGCUAGCAGCUGUAGUUGCGAGUCAGACCGGUGGCACCGAGGGAAAGUUGCAAGAGCGCGACGAGUGA